AGCUCUUCGUUUCUACUUCAUCGAUCACGAAAGCAUUUUCAGAGUCUCUAGAACUGCAAGUAACAUGUUUGGUUGGGAAUUUGGGAAGAGCACACUUCCUAAUGCUCUGUCUAUUGUGGAACUGAAGGUGCACAUGGACUGUGAAGGGUGUGAAAGAAGGAUUAGAAGAGCAAUCUCCAAACUAGAUGGUGUGGAUAGCUUGGAGAUAGAGAUGGAGAAACAGAAGGUGACAGUGACAGGGUACGUGGAGAAGAGGAAAGUGUUAAAGGUGGUGAGAAGAACAGGAAGGAAGGCAGAAUACUGGCCAUUUCCAUACGACAGUGAAUACUAUCCAUAUGCGUCUGAGUACUUGCAUGAAUCUACCUUCACUUCUUCCUAUAACUAUUACAUGCAUGGUGACAAUGAGAGCGUUCAUGGCUAUUUUCCAGACCAAGCAUACUCCACUGUCCCCGAUGGAACUGUUGCCCUCUUUAGCGACGACAACGUUCGUUCAUAUUGCUCCAUCAUGUGAACCAAACUGCUCUCUUUCUAUUCACUGAUGACAUGUAAAACUCAGCAG